CCUUUUGAAUGUUUGGACUGUGGGAAGAGAUUCAGUCACAGUGGCCAUCUUCAACGGCAUCAGAGAACUCACACAUGCGAGAAGCCUUUUGAAUGCUCAGAGUGUGGAAAGAGAUUCAGUCAGAGUGGCAAUCUUCAACGGCAUCAGAGAACUCACACAGGGGAGAAACCUUUUGAAUGUUCAGAGUGUGGGAAGAGAUUCGGUCACAGUAAUACUCUAAAACUGCAUCAGAGAACCCACACAGGAGAGAAACCUUUCAAAUGCUCAGAGUGUGGAAAGAGAUUUAGUAAUAGUAGCCAUCUUCAACUGCAUCGGAGAACCCACACAGGGGAGAAACCUUUUGAAUGCUCAGAGUGUGGAAAGAGAUUCAGUCGGAGUGGCCAUCUUCAACGGCAUCAGAGAACUCACACAGGGGAAAAACCUUUUGAAUGCUCAGAGUGUGGGAAGAGAUUCAGUCAGAGUAGCAAUCUUCAACUGCAUCAGAGAACCCACACAAGGGAGAAACCUUUUGAAUGUUCAGAAUGUGGAAAAAAAUUUAGUGAGAGAGGCACUCUAAAACAACAUCAGAGAACGCACACAGGGGAGAAACCUUUUGAAUGCUCAGAGUGUGGAAAGAGAUUCAGUUGGAGUGGCCACCUUCAGCAGCAUCAGAGAACUCACACAGGGGAGAAACCUUUUGAAUGCUCAGAGUGUGGAAAGAGAUUCAGUCGGAGUGGCAUUCUUCAACAGCAUCAGAGAGCUCACACAGGGGAGAAACCUUUUGAAUGCUCAGAAUGUGGAAAGAGAUUCAGUCAGAGUAGCCGUCUUCAACUGCAUCAGAGAACCCACACACGGGAGAAACCUUUUGAAUGCUCAGAGUGUGGAAAGAGAUUCAGUCAGAGUGGAACUCUAAAACUGCAUCAGAGAACCCACACAGGGGAGAAACCUUUUGAAUGUUCAGAGUGUGGGAAGAGAUUCGGUCACAGUAAUACUCUAAAACUGCAUCAGAGAACCCACACAGGAGAGAAACCUUUCAAAUGCUCAGAGUGUGGAAAGAGAUUUAGUAAUAGUAGCCAUCUUCAACUGCAUCGGAGAACCCACACAGGGGAGAAACCUUUUGAAUGUUCAGAAUGUGGGAAAAAAAUUAGUGACAGAGGCACUCUAAAACAGCAUCAGAGAACGCACACAGGGGAGAAACCUUUUGAAUGCUCAGAGUGUGGAAAGAGAUUCAGUCGGAGUGACCAUCUUCAACGGCAUCAGAGAACUCACACAGGAGAGAAACCUUUUGAAUGCUCAGAGUGUGGAAAGAGAUUCAGUCAGAGUAGCCAUCUUCAACUGCACCAGAGAACCCACACAGGGAAGAAACCUUUUGAAUGUUCAGAGUGUGGAAAGAGAUUCAGUCACAGUGGUGAUCUUCAAAAGCAUCAGAGAACCCACACAGGGGAGAAACCUUUUGAAUGCUCCGAGUGUAGGAAGAGAUUCAGUCACAGUGGCAGUCUUCAACGGCAUCAGAAAACCCACACAGGGGAGAAAUCUUUUAAAUGUUCAGAGUGUGGAAAGAGAUUCAGUUUCAGUGGCACUCUAAAACUACAUCAGAGAACCCACACAGGGGAGAAACCUUUUGAAUGCUCAGAGUGUGGGAAGGGAUUCAGUUUCAGUGGUAGUCUUCAACGGCAUCAGAGAACCCACACAGGGGAAAAAUCUUUUAAAUGCUCAGAGUGUGGAAAGAGAUUCAGUUUCAGUGGUAGUCUUCAACGGCAUCAGAGAACCCACACAGGGGAAAAAUCUUUUAAAUGCUCAGAGUGUGGAAAGAGAUUCAGUCGGAAUGGCCAUUUUCAACGGCAUCAGAGGACCCACACGGGAGAAACCUUUUGAAUGCUGAGAGUG